AUGAGAUCCCUGAAACACCUCAAACAUCACUCCAGGAUCAAUGUGGAGGAGGAGAGCAGCCGCUUGGUGCGGACCUACCCCAAGAUGACUGAGAGCCAAGUGGAUGUGGGCACGCAGACAGAGCCUGUGGUGGUGCUCUCGCUGGCUCAGGCAGCUGUUCUAGGUCUCAUCUCCCAAAAUGAAAUCUUUGGGGCCACCAUUGCACCUAAUGGCUUUUACACUGGCGAGCAGAGAGAGUGCCCUGCUCCACCACCUGAAACAAUGGAGUAUGAGUACGCUGACCAGCUGAUAGGGGCCAACGGGGACUACAUAGCUGAGCCUGCUGGGGAGCCAGAGCCUCAGCCCCAUUGCAGUGAAAGAAGACGACCUGGGCCCCGAGGGAGGACUAAAAGGCCCCGGCAUGAUGGAGAAUUAGAGGGUCACCGACAGAAGGCGCAAAGUCCACAGGCUAAGAUUAAAGGUGAAAGACUGGAGUCUAAUACGCCUCCUUCCUGCAUUCACAUGAAAAGCAGGCAUAGUCCUGGCAAGACAGAGGAUCCUGUCUCCCAACAAGGGCCUCUGAAAGAGGAGCAGUCCUGCGGAAAUUGUGCCUCAUGUGUGAGAGAUACACCCAGGCCACAAACAGAUGGACAGUCAGAACAGGAACAGGAAGAAAGCACUGGUAGAGACAAGGAGAAAAAAGAAGAAGAGCUGGUGGUGGCAGAAGAAGAAGAGGAGGAAGCACUAAACCUUAAGACGAGUGGAGAGACUGGCAGUCCUCUCUCGAGCCGCUAUUACGAGUCCAAUGAGGUGGCAUAUGAGUCUGCUGAUAUGUCCCUGCCAGGAGAGUACGAGGAAAAUGGCCAGGCUAUGCUGUGGUCAGACCCAGAAGGUCUCGCCAGGCGAAUGCAGAUUGACCGGCUGGACAUCAACGUGCAGAUUGAUGAGUCGUACUGCGUAGAUGUGGGAGAGGGUCUGAAACGCUGGAAGUGCCGCAUGUGUGAGAAAUCAUACACAUCCAAAUACAACCUUGUUACUCAUAUCCUCGGCCACAAUGGAAUUAAGCCCCAUGAAUGUCUACACUGUGGGAAGCUCUUCAAGCAGCCGAGCCACCUUCAGACUCACCUGCUCACCCACCAGGGAACCCGACCUCACAAGUGCACCGUUUGUGAGAAGGCCUUCACGCAGACCAGCCACCUGAAGAGGCACAUGCUGCAGCAUUCGGACGUCAAGCCCUACAGCUGUCGCUUCUGCGGCCGCGGGUUCGCCUACCCCAGUGAGCUGCGGACGCACGAGAACAAACACGAGAACGGCCAGUGCCAUGUCUGCACCCAGUGCGGUCUGGAGUUCCCGACCUACGCCCACCUGAAGCGCCACCUGACCAGCCAUCAGGGCCCCACCACAUACCAGUGCACGGAAUGCCACAAGUCCUUCGCUUACCGCAGCCAGCUGCAGAACCACCUGAUGAAGCACCAGAACGUGCGGCCCUACGUUUGCCCAGAGUGCGGCAUGGAGUUUGUGCAGAUCCACCACCUACGACAACACGCUCUCACUCACAAGGGAAUGAAAGAAUUCAAGUGUGACGUCUGUGCCAGGGAGUUCACCCUGUCGGCCAACCUGAAGAGGCACAUGCUGAUCCACGCCAGCGUGAGGCCCUUCCAAUGCCACGUCUGCUUCAAGACCUUUGUGCAGAAACAGACUCUUAAAACACACAUGAUCGUCCACCUGCCGGUCAAGCCUUUCAAAUGCAAGGUAUGCGGAAAGUCGUUCAACAGAAUGUACAACCUCCUCGGCCACAUGCACCUCCACGCCGGCAGCAAGCCCUUCAAGUGCCCUUACUGCUCCAGCAAGUUCAACCUGAAGGGCAACCUCAGCCGACACAUGAAGGUCAAACACGGGAUCAUGGACACCUCAAUAGAUGGACAUGAGCCCCCUCAAGACACAGAAGGCCAGGAGGACUACGAGGAGGAGAGCUUUGAAUUCAGCGAACGGGAAAACCGGGCAAACAACAACAACACACCAGACAUUGCUAAACUAUCUCAAAUUGAGUAUUACAGCACCUAUGGGAAGGGCGCAGGGCGUUUCAGCACUGCAUGAAUUAUUAAAAUGACCCCGAAUUUAAUAUAAGUGUGAACUAAUGAAAAUGGGAUUGUUCUUUUAUUUUUGGCUAGUUUUUUUUCCUGCUGUUAAAAGCAUAGUGCUUUUGUUGUUCUUCAAGGGCAUGAAGACGCCCAGCAAACCGCACAUUCAUAUGCACUGGAAUAUUCGUACUGCUACAAAAUUUGUAAACGUACACUUUUUAGCGUAAUUUACAUAGUUUUCAUCUCUAAACCACUGCAAAUCUACUGAAUACAUAUAUUAUAUUUGAGAAAAGUGCACAGUCGAAAAUACUUAAGACAUACGUUAAAAUAAAUCUUUAUAGAUACAUAUAUGUUGUCAGUGCUUUGUUGCUUAAAAACAGGAUCAUCAUCUGAGCCUUAUUUGGAAAAGCACAUUUUUUUCAACAAGCAUCAAAAGCCAAUGUUGAUAUUUGUGAACUUACUCAUUCAGACGACCUUUCAGUUUACUGGGGUUAACUCAUGUGAAGGGUUAAAGAAGGGAAUAAGUGUAACUCCUCUUCUCACUUGCCAAAGCUUUUCAAGUUGCAGAGGUCAAUAAUUCAGUUUGAUUUAUACUGUGAUGAAUUAAUUGAGGUCUGUAAAAUGACUUAAAUUCCAUUGGAUUUUCAGUCCGUGUUUUAGUGUAUAUUAUUGUACAGGAUGUAUCAGUCGUCUUGUUGAUGGCUGGUGCUAUAAUCAGUGCGUUGCACUGAGGACCGCUGUGUCUACAUUUUAGGUUUCUGCAUUAACACACAUCACCCUCUAUUGAUCUCUAGUCUAUGAAUGUAAAUGUUUCUGUGGAAUGUUUUAAGAUACUAAUGGAAAGAAAAAUCAAAAUACCCCUUUUGCUUUUUUAAUGGUCGUAGCCCUUUACCAAAGAAUUGGAUCAAUCUUGCAGCAGCAGGAACCGUCGGUGUCAUAGUUGACGGUCGUUUAGAGCUGGGACGUUGGAUUUCUUUGGGUUCAGUCGAAGACCUCGUGAAAUUACAUUCAGGUUUCCCUCCCAUCUGUAGAUCUCUUCAAAAGAUUACCACGAAGAUCGGACUAUGGUUCAGACCUCAUCCAGGCCUUUACGAGACAAGACUGCAGCAUUUUUCAAAAGCAAUGCAAACCCUGCAUUCACAUCUCAGCCCUUUUUUUUUUUUUUUUUUUUUUAAAUGGCUGAAUCUCAACAAGAAUUGUCCCAAAAAAACUCGGAGAGAAAUAUUAAGUGCCCCAGUGUGUCUGUGAGAGCGUGCCAUCCAUCAUGCUGUACUCUGGUCUCAAGUGAUGAACGACAACCUCCCAACAUGUGACAGGGCCAUGGACCUCAUGGAAAAUGAUUUGAGAAAUGCUCAAUCUAUUCAGUUUCCCCAGUGCUUAGCUUUUCAAAUACGUAACCUGAAAGAAGGUAUCCAUUCGCAAUGUCGAUAUAGCGCAUUUAAAAAUAAAAAUGCUACUUUCUGUGCAUUUUUUCCACUUCUGUGUUCACUCCAUCACUGUUUUAGUGAUGCUACAAAGGGAAACAUGCUUAAAUGGCUUUCUGUAUUAGACAUUAGUGUGGAGAUGAUGUGGAUAGAAAUGUAUGUACAAUGUUGUGUACCAGACAAUACUGUAAAAAAUAAAUUUAUUUACCUUUAAAAAA